GCGCGCAUUGAUAUCGUAGUGCUGGUUGUUGAGAGUUCGGCCAUUUUGCCGGCGGGAAGAGUAUUCGGAAAAGGUUUCCAUUUGGAAUCGUAUUUUGGAGAAACCGUUAUUGUAAAAGUGUCAAGAACCUUCAGCCGACAUGACUGAAAGAGAGGAUAACGUUUAUAAAGCUAAAUUAGCUGAGCAAGCGGAGCGGUACGAUGAAAUGGUGGAAGCCAUGAAAAAAGUUGCUUCCUUGGAUCUGGAACUGACCGUGGAAGAAAGAAAUCUACUUUCUGUAGCAUACAAAAAUGUCAUCGGAGCUCGAAGAGCAUCAUGGAGAAUUAUUAGCAGCAUCGAGCAAAAGGAAGAGAACAAGGGGUCUGAGAACAGACUAGAAAUGAUCAGACAGUAUAGGUUACAGGUGGAAGGGGAACUGCGAGAAAUAUGUCAAGACAUUCUAGACGUAUUAGAAAAGCACUUGGUUCCGACAGCCACUACAGGAGAAUCUAAAGUGUUCUAUUAUAAGAUGAAAGGCGAUUACCAUCGCUACUUAGCCGAAUUUGCCACUGGUAACGAUCGCAAAGAAGCGGCCGACAACAGUCUGGCAGCUUACAAGGCAGCAAGCGAUAUCGCCAUGACGGAGCUCCCCCCUACCCAUCCCAUCAGGCUGGGAUUAGCUUUAAAUUUCUCGGUGUUCUACUACGAAAUAUUGAAUUCUCCAGAUCGCGCUUGUCGUCUCGCCAAAGCCGCAUUCGACGAUGCAAUUGCCGAGCUCGAUACACUGAGCGAAGAAAGUUACAAAGAUUCUACUCUCAUCAUGCAGUUGUUACGAGACAAUUUGACUCUGUGGACCUCGGACAUGCAACACGAUGGCGAAGGUGAGCAAAGGGAACAGGGACAAGAAGUAGAAGAUCAAGACGUCUCCUAAACGAUCCCACAAGUCAGAUCUGUUCCAGUAUGUCAUUUACUUGUGAAGUGUUUGCCAUGCAGGGUAUUUUCCUUUGUUCACUCAAUUUCUGUGUGUGAAUAUCUUAUAUACAAGUGGGUACAUUGUUCUGCUUGUAGCAUAACACUGUUGCGCUACUUGGCUUGGUAAAAAAAAAAAAGAUGGAAUUGUGGUUCGUGUCCUUUCUGGGUGUAAUCAGAUUUGAAGGGAUCCCAUCUACUUUAGCUGAUCAUAAAAAGUUUCAACAUAACUUUCUUCCUCGGAGUUCAGGAAUCUGUACCCACCUGUGCUCCCUUUGUGAUUAUUGUGUGUAUUCCAGUCAUCAAUGAUUCUUUUUAAGUUUAAUAUUAGGUAAGUCGAAAAGCGAACUAGAGGAAAAAAUUCUGUAAUAGCCCGUUUAAAAAAAGCAUUCCUUCAAUUUGUGUGAAUCUAAAGAAACUAUCAAAUCUUUCCACUCGGUUUUCGAGGACCCAUCUAGACAUUUAUGACACACUUAAAAUCGAAUUUCCAAAUUAAUAAGUUCAGAAUUCUUUGCAUUAAAGGGCCAGUCUCUAUAUUUAAAUUGAAAAACGAAAGCUCGUCUCUGGGUGCGGAUUUGAUGGUUUCUUUUGGCCGAAAGGCAGUUCGUAUGUCCUUAAAGUGUUCUUCGAUAUAUCAAAUACUGAUGUGAAAUUCCAAAAAAGUUAUUUUGUUUUGUUUUUGAAAAACCUGCAUGGUCUUAAACUUUGUUACUGUAGUUGACUUAGUCAGGGUGUAUAGUUGGAUUGUGCAUUGUGUACAUGUGAUUUCAUUUAUUAAGAACUGACUGCUUCUAGUGCUGAUACAUUUAGCUGUUUUUAGCAAAACUGUAUUACAUUAUUCAGUUUCCAAAAAAAAAAAAAAAAGAAAAUUUGCUACCAGGACCAAAACUUUCAUUGUCAUUUAUGUGUAUAUUGUAGUAAAUGUCCAUUGCUGCAUUAAUUGUGAUUAAUAAACUUGUAGAAUAUUUACAGCAACGAUAGCAAAAGCUUGGGGUGUAAUCAUUAAGCGUAAUUUUAAAAAUGUCAGCUACGGCGGAGAAAGACAAAAAAAAAAUUUUAAACUACUCUAUCGCAACGGUCGAGAAAUACUUCGAGAUUCGAUAACUGCAUGCUCUGUUUCUCUCUCUCUCUCUCGCAGCCUACGCCGUCACGUUUUAAAAUUAGGCCGAGCUUUUACGAACUUAAACAGAAGAAAUAUAAGAUAAAUUAUAUAUAUUAUUCGAUCGGGAUGGACGACGUCAAAAUCGGAUGUCUACUUAUUCUCACACUUAAAAACAGUAUCUUUUUUACAUUUGUCCUUUAGGUUUUGCUUCGUCGAACACUCUCGAUGCACUAGACGCUUCUAAAUAUCUAAAUGGUAUGUCUAUAUCUAUAUUAUCGUUAAUAUAUUUUGCAUUUUCUAGUAAAAUAGUGCACUUAUUUGUGAGGUAAGUUUUCUUAGAGAAAUUUGGAUACUUCAGAGAUACUGUAUUUCACAUUGUCUUGUCAUUCCAUAUUGUGGGGAAAGUGUCAUUCGGGUGUUUUCCACUCGCACGGGUUCUCUCCUUUUCGAGGCCAUGUCAGGGAGUGUCUCUGGCUGUGGCGUUUUUGGAAGAUGCUCGAAAAACGGUCACUUUCUCAUCUGCGAAAUCUCGGCCGAUGCCCGGACACAAGAAUUGUAUGCGGGAGGCGGGCUCUGCUUUUUGAACUGCAUUCCAGAAAGGCCGGUGUUGUCUGCACAUUUUUCUGCUUAAAUAAAUAAAUAUAUAUAUAUGUCGGAUUUUUGUGACUCGUUGUUGCAAGUACAGCACUUUGCAGUCAGGUACUUUAGUUGGUUAUAUUCACAGAUGACUGGAUAUCAUACUCGAUAAUUUUGCCACAUUACACGUCGAUCAGUUAGGCUUUAAUUUCUUUUUUCUCUCUCACAACAGAAUCAAAGAAAAUGUUGGGUCACAUUGGUCUGGCGCGCCGCCAUUCUUCUGACAUGAAACUUUUGCUUUUUCCGUAGUCACGCGCAACAUAUUCUUUGUGGUCGCGGCCGUCCGGCACACACGGCAUAGUUUUUUCCUUCUUGUUAUGUAACUUUUGUGUAUUUUUUCAACACUGCGUGUCUUCGAGUAAAGCAUCCGUUAGGCUGCCAGUGCAAUUUAGUCUUUUCUCUCUCUCACUUUCUCUUUCUGCAUUUCGAUUCAAAGGAAAAUAAAAGAAAAUCAAAAGUAAUUUACUCUGCUCAAACAUUUUUUCUUUUUAAUUUUAUCAAAAUCUGGCAUGGUUCGGCCGCACGGUUAAGCAUACUCAAAUACGUGUUUAUUGUUUUUAAAAUAAGUUUCGCAAACCUUGGCGUCGGAGGCUCGGUUUGAAAGUAACAUUCACGAAAUAUGAUCCCUUGCAGACUUAAACGUAGUCGAAACACACCGACAAAGUAUCUAAAAAAAUGGGAAGAAAAACUUUAUAAUUUAUGAAUAUAAGUUUUAUUUUUCAGAAUUUGUCUAACUGAUAUAUAAUUAUAUAGAAUUGUAUUCUUUAAGAACUUUGAAAACAAAAAAUUGGCCCCGUUGCAGAGUUAUUGUAUGCGACGGUACAAUUUAACCUGGAUCUUUAAAUGUGAAAUAAAUUUCUUUGAAGACAAUUUGAA